AUGGGCUGCAACGGCAGUGGCGGCUGUGACUGGGCUGGUUUAGAUGAAGAUGAAGAUGCCCAUGUCUGGGAGGAUAAUUGGGAUGAUGACAAUGUAGAGGAUGACUUCUCCAAUCAGUUACGAGCUGAACUAGAGAAACUUGCUUAUAAGAUGGAGACACCAUAGCAUCCAGAAGUGCUGAAGCAACCUAAACUUGAACUGUUUACUAAAUUCUAGAGCAGAGAAC